AUGAACCAACUCACAGUGAUUAAGACGCUUAAUUCUCGUCGGAGAAGGUUAAAAAUCCGUCGGCUGAAGUAUACGUGUCUAAAUAAUAAAUCCCAUGUGACCAUCUCUGGCGGGGAUGGUGGCAAUGAGUGGAGGGAUGAUAAUUUUUGUGCUGAAAAGAAAGAAGAGAAGAAGAUAGAAGAAUUUUUUGGUGCAAAAGCUAGUGAUGAUGGAGGCUCAAAGGAGAUAUCUUUAUCGUUAACAUCGCCGAGAAAUGAUGUUGUUUUGGAAGAUGAGGUUGUUUUAUCUUAUGGGUUAGCGUCUGUUAUAGGAGGGAGGAAAGAAAUGGAGGAUACCGUAAAGGUGGCGUUGGGGUUUUUGAAUUUUAAUGGAGGUGAAAAGAAGUAUGAUUUUUUUGGUGUUUAUGAUGGACACGGUGGGUCUAUUGUGGCGGAGGCUUGCAAAGAGAGGUUGCAUAGAGUUAUUGUGGAGGAGAUGAUGGAGGCAAAGCGGGGAGAGAAAAGGGUUGGUGGUAUAGAGUGGGAGAAGGUGAUGGAAGAUUCUUUUAGGAAGAUGGAUGAGGAGGUGAUGAAGGAUAAGAUGGUUGGGUCUACGGCGGUUGUUGCGGUGGUUGGGAAGGAGGAGCUUGUGGUGGCUAAUUGUGGGGAUUCUAGAGCUGUGAUUUGUAGAGGUGGGGUUGCUGUGCCAUUGUCAGUUGAUCAUAAGCCUGACAGACCUGACGAAUUGGAGAGAGUUGAAGCUGCCGGUGGAAGGGUUAUAAAUUGGAAUGGACACCGUGUUCUAGGAGUUCUUUCCACUUCCAGAUCUAUAGGUGAUCAGCAUCUCAAACCAUUUGUAUCAUCCAAACCCGAGGUCACUGUGAAUGAGCGAACUGAAAAUGAUGAAUUCCUCAUCCUAGCCAGUGAUGGCCUAUGGGAUGUCAUCUCCAACGAAUUCGCAUGCCAGAUCGCAAAGAGAUGUCUGAUUGGCCGGAUGAGGAGGAAGUCCCGAGGAGUCGUGAGCGAGAGUUGCCGCGCAGCCGAGGCUGCUGCAGUACUAACCGAGCUAGCAAUGGCUUGGGGUAGCAAGGAUAACAUCAGCGUGAUCAUUGUUGAGCUAAAGAAGCGCGGCGGUUUUAUUCCCAAGGAGUUGUGA